GCUGAUGACGUUCGAGCCCGCGCUCGCAGUUUCUGCAACUGGGGAACAGAGUUGAGGAAGGAGCUGGGGUCCGACGGUAGGAAGUCACGGUGCAGUCGGGCGGAGCUGCGUCGGGCGGCAGGUAAUAAUUUCAAGAUGCCUGGACGUUCCAGUUCAAAUUCAGGCUCAACUGGUUUUAUAUCCUUCAGCGGCAUAGAAUCUGCUCUCUCCUCCUUAAAAAACUUCCAGAACUGCAUCAACACUGGGAUGGACACAGCCUCUAGUGUUGCUCUGGAUCUUGUGGAAACUCAGACCGAAGUGAGUAGUGAAUACAGCAUGGAUAAGGCGAUGGUUGAAUUCGUUAUGAUGGAUCGGGAACUAAACCAUUAUGUAAAGGCUGUUCAGUCCAUGAUAAAUCACGUAAAAGAAGAACGUCCAGAAAAUAUACCAGAUCUGAAAUUAUUAGUGGAGAUGAAGUUCUUGGCUUUACAGAAUAAGAAUUCUGAUGCAGACUUUCAAAAUAAUGAAAAAUUUGUACAAUUCAAACAACAGCUGAAAGAACUGAAGAAGCAAUCAGGGAGACCCACGGAAGAUGGAGGACGCAGUGAGUGCGGCAAGAUUAAGGAUAAGGAAGCAAGUAGAGCAGGCAAUGAACGAGAUGGUCUGCAGGCAGAACGAGAGGCCGAGGGCACAGAAGGAGUGGAUGAGGACAUGAUCGUGACCCAGAGUCAGACCAACUUCAUCUGCCCCAUUACGCAGUUGGAAAUGAAGAAGCCAGUGAAAAACAAAGUGUGUGGCCACAUCUACGAAGAGGAGGCCAUUGUUCGAAUGAUCGAGUCCAAGCACAGACGGAAGAAAAAGGCCUGUUGCCCUAAAAUCGGCUGCAGCCACACGGACGUGAGAAUGAGCGACCUCGUCCAGGAGGAGGUGCUCAGAAGGGCGAUCGAGAGCCACCACAAGAAGAGACACCGCGAGUCCGAGUAGCAAGGACCCGCCUCCCCGCAGGGGAGCCCGCAGCAGCCUACCUCCUGCCCCAGCCGCCCGGAGAGAGCGCGCCGUCCGGGCGCUCGGACUGGCUGCACUGCAUGCCUCGUUUGGGGUAACACUCGAAGGUUUUAAGUGUCAUCGAAAGCAUUUUUCUAUGUUCCAAUAAAAACUCAAGGAAAGCCUA